UUGCGCUGCAUUGAAUUGUCAAAAUUUAUGUAGUCGAUAAUUUUUGUCUGGAAUUGAUUUACUUGGAAAUCCCAAUUUAAAUAAAAUAAAACAGUAGUAAUCAGGACAUUUUGAACUAUUAGAAAAUUGUAAAGUGGUGAUUGAUCUUUCCUCAAUUCAGGAGAAAUGCCAGCUUAUCAUUCCCAAAUCAAAGACUACACUCACUCAGUGGGUAAUAUGGCUAUUCUUCCGCUGCGAACUCAAGCUCGUGGCCCGGCCCCAACCAAUGCCAACAUCGAACAGGACAUUAUCGACGAAUCGUUGUACUAUUUCAAGGCGAACGUCUUCUUCCGAACAUACGAAAUCAAAUCGGAGGUGGAUCGCGUUCUGAUCUAUAUAACCCUGUACAUUACCGAAUGUUUGAAGCGAUUACAACGCUGUUCCAACAAAAACCAAGGCCUCCAGGAGAUGUACACACUGGCAAUAUCGAAAUUCGACAUACCGGGAGAGCCAGGCUUCCCGCUGAAUGCGGUCUACGCCAAGCCGGGCACGGCAACCGAGGCCGAUUUGAUGAAACAAUAUCUACAGCAGCUACGACAGGAAAUCGGAAUUCGGGUUUGCGAACGGGUUUUCUCCGGGGAAGAUGGUAAACCAAGCAAAUGGUGGCUGUGCUUUGCCAAAAAGAAGUUUAUGGAUAAGUCCCUUUCGGGACCAGGUCAAUAGAGAUUGGGCAUGCGUUGACAGAUUUGGUAUUAACAGUUAAUUUGAGAUGAGAAAUAGGACAUGAAGGCAUUUGAUUUAAAAUUUAAAAAAGAUUGUAUCACAGAGAACAGACGUACAAGCUCGAACAAAAAAUCUUCAAAAAAGUGUGUAAAAUUUCAAAUGCAGACAUCCAAAACAUAUAUUGAAAAUUGACUUUAAACAGGGCACCUAGUGCGCCGUUAAAAAGUUACAAAUCAAAUUUUCAAGUGUACAGUUUUCGAAAAGGCGUAAUCGUAUAUAUGAACUCAUAAUUAAACUAAUGCCGCUGGAAAUUUUACACAAGUUUCGUGGGCUAGCUUGUACGUCUGUUCUCUGUGAUUGUAUAUCGAUUGGCAAAAAGUCGUUUGGCAUAAAAUAAUUAAUUUACUUUUGGCAUGUGGUAUGCGAACCGGACAAGGGAAUUGUCCCUAGUUUCGGGUAAACCUAGAAACACGGGGCCUUCCUAGGGAUUUUAAUAAACCUACACAGUAAAUUUUCGCCAAAAAAAAUGGCUGGAAACGUUCAGCAAUCCAAAAUUUUUCUGGAAACCAGCAAUCGGUUUUCUAAUUGCUGGAUUUUUCAGCAUUCGGUUGUGUUCCUUUCUAUUUUGCUGAAAAAUCAGCAAUCGGUUUUCAAAUUGCUGGACUUUCCAGCAAUUGAUCUAGUUUGCUGGAAAAUCAGCAAUCGAGUUGUCAAAUUGGAGUCUGUUUGUUUUCGUACGCUGAAGCAAGGUGAGACUGUAUUUCACGAACUUUGGUUAGAUUAAUAUAAUCAUUUUUAUUUUCCUCUAUAUUCUAGCAACCAGGCAUCAAGUCAAGGGUAAGUUUUUAUUGUACAGGAUACUAAUCAAAACUAUUUUUACAGGUGGCGGAUGAUCAACACUUUGGCACAAAGCUGCCACCCCAGAGCCGGUGUAUGUAACAAAAAGAUUUUUUCGGAAAUAAAUGAAUCCCUUAUUGAAAAUAAGAGAAAAUUAUUGUUUUUAUUGCUAAUUAUAUGCACAGCCAAUAUUAAAAUUUAAUUUUGAAUUGAAAUAUAAAUUUGAUACUAAAUACUGCCAGUUGUGUUGAAAAAAAUAGCUGGUUUCCAUAGUACUUUGAAAUAUAGAAGGUAGGCUAUUCCACUCUCUUUGAACGUAUUGGUAAGAGCCCCCAAAAAUAGUUAUGGAAAAAACUGGCAAAUGUAUGGAAUUUUUCAGAAAAUCAAUUUUUUCCUCAAAUUGACAAUCAUCAAAAUUAUGAGAAAAAUAUGCAUUGAUGCAUUUUAAUGCAACCAACAAUAUUUGGCUUUUCAAAAUCGCUAAAAGUAAUAUGCAACGGGCUUUUGAUCGAUUUAAAACUAAAAUUUGGUGAUUAUUUUUCCUUGUGUGGUCCUUUUCUUGUGCGGUUUGAACAAAAAAUUCAAUCAAAUUGAUUAUUUAUCACUGAAAUAUGAAGUAUUUUACAUUUUUAUCAAAUUUUGAACAUAGACAGAAGAAAAUAUUUAAUUUUUUGCCCUCAAAGAAGAGGGACGGUGAUGAAAAUUUCUUUUGAAUGCUCAUUAUUUAUGGUUCAGAUCCGGAAAUCCAAAGCAAAAAAAUAGUUUCCGAUGAGCCUGAAGAAUCAAUCUUUAAUCUGAGGCCCUUUUCAAAGGAAUCGAAUGGCUAUUGACGGAGAAAUUAAUAAUUUGGAUUGCAGCAAUCUGUAUUUCUGAUUUUCCAGCAAUUUGAAUUGCUGGAAACCAGCAUUCACGUUUGCUGUUUUUUCCAGCAAUUUGAAUUGCUGGAAAGUCAGCGGGACAAAAACCAGCAAAAUUUUGCUGGUUUCCAGCAAAAAAAAUUUCCUGUGUAGAAACUCGGUAAAUUGGAUAAAAAAAUAUUGUAUUUUAAUUUUUAGCAACGUUUAAUGUUAUCUUAUGAGUUUUUAGAUUUUUAUGCCAAACAGCUUUACGCCAAAUGACUAUGCCAAACGGCGUAGGACCUUAAAAAAAGGUAUGUCCUUUGAGUAUUUUUUUUUUUUGAAUGAUGUUUUUAUUAAUUUAAUUUUUUUUUUUUGAUUAAGUAGGUCAUUCAACUUAAAAUAUGAUGACCUAGAUACUGAAAAAGAAUAAAAAGUACCAGAUCAUUA